AUGAGUGAUCCAAUAAAUGCCAACCCAACUAUCAUCGACGUAAACAACCUCCCCACAAGACUAAACCCUAAUCUAGAUGAAUCAUCAUUCUCUAAUGAUUUCAAGAAUGCAAAACUCAUUUCCGAAAUCACGUCGCUUUCACUUCUCAACUUGCCCGAUGAUACAGCCGAUGCAUCCUCACUUGAAGAACCACUUUCAUCGUCUGAUGAAGAAAUGAUGGACAAUGAAGCUAUAAUUGAGCCUGGUGCAACCACCAUCAAUGACGAAGAUCCCAUAGACGAACAAGAGAUAUUCGAUCUCAUCUCAACCAUAUCAGAUCCAGAACACCCAUUAACACUAGCACAACUCGCGGUCGUCAAUCUUCAAGACAUAUCCAUUGCACAAGCCCCAAAGAAUCAAAUCUCAACAAUUACAAUUAAAAUCACACCCACCAUAACCCACUGCUCACUAGCUACGUUGAUUGGCUUGGGUAUUCGCGUUCGUUUGGAACGUAGUUUACCCGCCAGAUUCAGAAUCAAGAUUGUCAUUAAAGAAGGUACGCAUCAGCUGGAACUGCAAGUGAAUAAACAAUUGAAUGAUAAGGAACGAGUGGCUGCUGCUUGUGAGAAUGACCAGUUGUUGGGUGUUAUUCUGCAAAUGUUGAGUAGUUGUAAAUAG